UAAAGGCCACAACAAGACUACCAUUCCAUCUGUUCGUAUCAUUCAUUUGUGGCAAAUAUCGAUACAUUUUAUACUUUAGAUGCGUUUAAGUGUUUGAGUUUAAGCCCCAUGAAAAGCGUAGUUUUAUGGUUAUUGAUUCCAAUUAUCAAUUUCUUAUCAAGUAACCUUCAGAUGACAUGACUGGUUAUUAAAUUCAGUGCACACAUUAACAGCAUUGCAAUGAUAACAUCUGCAGUAGAGGCAAAGGUGCUUCUUUAUCUGAUGUAUGCUAUCUUGUAGUAUAAAAGGAACUGCAAGUCUUACAACCGAGAACUUUCCUCAGUAUGACAACAGUCGGUGUUGUGGGAUUUGCUCUUUUGGUGCUGCUUUCAGCGGCCGGGGCAGUAAAACUACAAAAAAGAGAGUACAAUUACUACAAGUAUCAUCCCAUGUCAGAGAUCUCCGAGUGGAUGGUCCAGAUGGAAAAGGAUCACCCUGACAUUGUAACGAGAAUAGAGUACGGACGGACCUACGAGUUCAGGACUAUUACCUUGCUCAAGAUUGGUGUGAAUACCGGAGAGAAGAAGAAAGCUAUCUGGAUGGACUGUGGUAUCCACGCCAGGGAAUGGAUCGCUCCGGCCUUCUGUCAGUACUUUGUCAGACAGAUCCUGCAAACAUACAAGACUGACCCAAAAAUAGACCAGAUGAUGAAGAACAUGGACUUUUACAUAACCCCGGUGCUCAACAUGGACGGAUACAUCUAUUCAUGGAGGGACAUCACAACCCGUCUGUGGAGGAAGAACAGGUCUCCGGGGCCUGCAGGCUGCAACUGUUCUGGGACUGACCUCAACCGGAACUUCAACGCCAACUGGGGCACCGUGGGGGUGUCGUUUGACUGCUGCUCCCAAACCUUCUGCGGCAGAACUCCCGAGUCCGAGCCUGAGACUCAGGCCGUUACCUACUUUGUAGGAAGCAGGAAGGAGGACUUCCUGUGUUUCCUCACCAUCCACUCCUAUGGCCAGCUGCUCCUGGUUCCCUUUGGGCAUCCUAACUUCACUGCCCAAAACUAUGAGGAGCUGAUGGAUGUCGGUUUGGGUGCAGCGGAAGCCAUAAAGAAGGUCCAUGGAAAGACCUACAAAGUAGGAACCUCACCUGAUAUAUUAUAUGCCAACUCCGGGUCCUCCAGAGAUUGGGCUCGACAACAGGAAAUACCCCUCACCUACACAUUUGAGCUGAGAGAUACGGGAAAAUAUGGCUUUGAGCUUCCUGAGGAUCAGAUCCAGCCCACCUGUGAGGAAGCCUACAGCGGCGCCCUGCACAUCAUCACCUACGCCCACGACAAAGUCUUUAACCGGGCCGUGCCAUCCAGUAGGGCGACACUCUGGACCGUGCUAGUCGUGGUAGGCGUCGCCAGUAUCGUGUGACACCGAAGAAUGCACAAAUCCAUCGGAAGUAUUUACAUUUCGUUUCAGUUGGGCAAGGGUAUGUGAAUGUACGACUGAUAUAUUCCA